CGUUGUCAGUUCGUCACUAGGUAUUCAAGUAGUUAAUAGUUACUAGCAAAUACGAUCAAUUUGAAACUAGUUACUAGCUAUAAUAUAGGUAGUUUGUAGAUUGUGACAUUCGUUAAUUAUAAAAAUACUGUUUUGUAACGAAAAUAUAAAACUAUUGUUAUUAUUGGUGUGUUAGGGUAUUAAAAAUUACAAUGAGACUAAUUUUUAUCACAGUUUUGGUUUUGUGUUUAUCCAGUGAGUAUACUAUAAAAUGUUCAGGAGAUGAAUUUGUCGAUCCUUUGGAUAUGCUCAAUUAUGAUAGGUCGACAAAAUCAAUGAGAAAAUCUAAACCAAAUACAGUAGUUGAUGAGCCUAUUCAAAAUGACCGUUGUACAAUCUUCCUUACUCGAUUUAUCAACAUAAUGUUAAUAAACACUGGAUUGCCUAGUAUUGAUCAAGUGUCAAAUGAGAAAGAACACAAAAAGCUGAGAUCGCUUGCUUCAGUAACUCUUAGUGUUAAAGAUUUACAAUUAUUAAAAAAUAUGGUCAAUAACAGGGAUAUAGAUUAUACAGAAAUUGAUCGUAUUUUAAAUAGCCUAUUUACUCCACUACCAAUGAACUCCGAUGAAUUUAAAGCAAUAGGCAGCAAUUUUGAAAUAUAUGAUCAGAUUAAGGAAGUGCUGUAUUGGAUUUCAGUUGGUUCUAUUUCAAUUGCUUUACUAUAUAUUAUUUUUCAACAAAUUCGUUAUGUUACCAUUGUAACAUUUAUUUUAUUUAUUAUUUUUGCACUUUCAUUUGCUUCAACCUGGUACACCAUGUACACGAAAGCUGGAAUAAAUCGUGAAGUUCAUUUUGAUAACAUGCCUUCUCAUUGUUAUAAAAAGACAGGCUGGACUACUUUUUCUUGGUUUCAAACUAACAAUUUAGACGAAUGCAAAAAGUACAAAGAAGCCAUCAAAUUGGAUCCUAAAUAUUCUAUUGCUAUAACUGACGUAUUGGCUGAGAUGCUCAGUAAAAUGAUGAUGAAACCAAUAGAAACCUUAGGAGAAUCUAUAUAUGUGUUCAAUAAAUCAGUUUUAAAGGAUAUACCAUAUUGGGCUCAAUUGAUUUUGAUUCCUAUUGUUAUUAUUAUAAUCAUUAAAACAAUAUUUUUAUCAACCGCAUUGUUAGUCGGUCGAAGCUUAAGCAUGAAACACUUAUUUGGAUAUGGCGGUUCAACAAUUGGUCCAGGACCAACCGGCAAUCACCAAAGUAGGACAAAUGAUAGAAUUAACAACAGUUUUCAUCCAGUGACAACAGCACAACACACAACUUCUCAAAUUUCUGAAUUACCAAGAGUCAAUUUUAAUGUAUUUAAUCUAGGUUCAACUGAAAAUACUCAUGUUUCAUUUGAACCAAUUAAUGAUAAAUUUAAAAUAAACUAUAAAAAAAAAAGUAAUUUAAUAGAAAUGCUAAAAAAUAAAGAGAUAGACAGUGUUGAUAGUAAAAGUUUCAAUGGCCUUAGUAAAAAAGCACCUAGACAUAGAACUUUGUCUAUUUGAUUUCAAUUUUUCAAUGCACUAGGUAUGAUAUUUGAUCUAUUUUUUAAUUUAUGAAUAUUUUCCUUUUUGGAUUAUAAUGGUGUUUAUAGAAGUAAAUUUUUGUAUAUAUGUUAAUGUGUUCCAUAGUGCAUCUAUAUAUUUCUAAUGUUGUAGGAUAAUGGAGCUUCCAUUGAAAUACUAUUUAAAAAUUGUUUUCACAUUAUGGACCACUCAAUAAUUUAUAUACUAUGUGUAUUGUGUACAUUAUAAUAUUGUACUU